AUGAGUGCACAGACAACGUUCUCGCAAACGCCUUCAUAUCAGGAUCUUUGUGCGAGCUCAAAGGACGUUGCUACCGAAGAAUUUCUUGUCUUUGAAGAACUAAAACGAAUCAUUUUUUUGCUGGAUACGGUUGUAAAAACUAAUGCAAAGGAGAAAAUUCCGCGUAUUCUUCGCACAACAAGCAAGUUGCGCAAGACACUGUCGUUGGCGCAGCUGCAGCAGGCCGUGGAACAACUGUUGCCCGCGCAGAACACGUCCAAACUCAUGCUACUCGCGCUUCUAGCGAAGAUUGGAACCAAACUGCAAAUUAAUUCUAUAAAGUUCUUGUGA